UUUAAUACCUGGGUGACUUGCUGCGCUCUUCAACGACCACGAUGUCUAUGGCAACCCCUGUAUCGGCCGCCCAAGCAGUUGGCGAGUUCCUGCAAUCGCCAGAUGACCUACUGAAGCUCGCUGCGUUCAGAAAGAAACUCGAGAAGGAGAAGGCGUCGAUAGAUGUCCGGCUGAAGAAUGGUGUGAAGGAACAGCUCGAUGCGACGCGCAGUGGGCUCAGGAAGUUGUUCAGUACUCGGGGUAACAUACAGGGUGUCAAGGACGAGGUGCAGGCUAUGGACAAGAUGUGCAACGACCCAAAGAUCGUAGUUUCGACGUUUGACCAAAUCAGUCGUGUCUCUAUGGUGCACCGUAACUUCGAACAAACGGAGGAGAUGGUGAACAACCUCAUUGCAAUGAGCUCGAAGCUUGACGACCUCGAAAACAUGCUGUCUGCGGACAGUGAAGAUAUUCUGGGCCCCGCACCAAAUCUGCUCCGCAUUCACUACCAAAUCAAUCGUCUCGAGGCGUUCAGGAACCAGACGAUGCACCAGGCGAAGAGGUCCUCGAAGGAAGUCCGGGCAACUCUUACGCGUUACUUCGACCGCUUGAACCAGCUCAUCAAUGCCUUUGACGAAUAUAUUUAUGCCCUUGCACGCAACAUUCUCCCUAUCGUCCGCGCAGGUCACCCCGACGUCAUCGUUAAGUUGUUGAAGAUUAUAGAGAUUGAAGGCAAGGAGGAUCAAAAGGCCAUAGCUCUCAAACUGGUCAAGAAGGCCGCGAAGAUGGACGUCGCGUCCAAGUUUCGUUCAAUGCAAGCCAAUGCUCGUGUCCUCAAGUACUAUCACUCGAAGCUACAGAAGGCUAUCACCGAGUCCGUGCAACAAAGGUUUGACGACGCACACGAACGAGAAGGCGGCGAUCCUGUCGCUUUCCUGGAGAACACAACGUGGAUCUAUCAAGACCUCAUCCGAAUUGAGGAAGAAGUAGCACCUUGUUUUCCUCCGGACCACGCCAUAUACCUGCAGUAUGCGCGGGAAUACCACAAGGCGCUGAACGCCUCGAUCAAUAAGAUUAUGACGACGGAUCCGGAGGCCAGCAUACUUCUCGUCUUGCAUGGCUGGAUCAAGGAGUACAAGAAGAACAUGAAGGAACUGAACGUCCCACCCGAAGCAAUGGAUCCCCCACUCCUCGAUGGCAACGAGCAGAGUUUAAUCGAGGACUACCUUGCGCUCAUCGUCAGCAAGCUCGACGAGUGGACGAAGAACUUGAUGAGGACCGAGAUUGAGGCUUUCUCGACGCGCGCAGAGCCGCCUGAGGUGGACAGCGACGGCCUGUACGGCAUGCAGGGAGCCGUCAUUCUCUUCCAGAUGGUCAAUCAGCAGGUCGAUGCGGCGAUGGAUAGCAAUCAGGGGAUCAUCCUCGCUCGCGUAGUCGAGGAGAUUGGCCGGGUUAUGCGCGGGAUACAGGAGCAAUGGACGCGGUUAAUCGACGUGGAGUUCAAGAAGCACACCGAGAAACCCGAAGAAGUCGCGAGCGGUCUCGUCGAGUACUGCAUCGCACUGGCGAACGAUCAGCUCCGUGCCGCCGACUUCGCCGAGACGCUAUCUGGACGUAUUGAGCCGCUGGUCUCCGAGAAGUACCAGGGCGCCAUCCACGACCGCCUGAACGACGCCAUCGACGGUUACCUCGACGUCGCAAAGAAGUGCACGCAGACGUUGAUCGAUAUGAUUUUCCAUGACCUCAAACCAGCCUCAAAGCAACUCUUCCAGCCACCCUGGUACGACGGUAUCAUGGCUCAAAUCGUCGAGACAGUACGGGACUACAUGUCCGACUACGAGACAUACCUCAAUCAGUCGCUCUUCGACCUGCUCGUCGAAGACCUACUUGACGCUUUCCUCGUCAAUUAUAUCACGGCGCUCGCCAACGCACCGAAGCUUAAGAUGCCAGCCGCGUCAGAGCGGGUAAAGGAUGAUAUCUCGGAGGUUUACAAGUUUUUCGGCGCGUACAAGAAGUCCAAGGAACUGGAACCUCGGCUAGAAGUCCUGGAGCAGAUCCUGUCGUUGCUCGAAGCCUCCAAGAGCUUGGUCUUCCUCUCGUACUGGUCCUUCGCUAAGGUGCACGGACCGAACAUUGCCUUCGUAGAGAACAUUAUGAAGGCACGCGGAGAUUUUGAUCGUUCCGCAGUCAGCGAGGUCAUGGAAAGCAUCAAGCGAAAGGUAAAAGAGGAGGAUUUGCAAGAUCCGGAAGAGCCGACUAUCAUGAAGAAGAUCGCGAUACAGGGCGUUCUUUCCCGUUUCUUACAACGGACAUAACCUCGAGACUUAUCCAAUCCACUCUGAUUCUCUUUUCAUCCUGGACGCACGGUGUUGUAGCUUAUAAUACAUGUAUUGCCCAUUAUCUAUUGAAUGCGCGUCCUGUACAUCUAGGGCUUUAUGUCAGCUUCUUUCUUGCUUCCUCCGGAGAGGUGAUACUCCUGUCGGGUAAGGUAGCGGCGAUAGCAUCGAUUUUCUUGAAUUGCCAGGGAAACCUCGAAGGAUAUAAGAAUGGACGAAGAUCAAACCUGUUAUCGUCAGGGCUAUAUUGCUCCGCAUGGUACGACGGGGUCAACGUGGUCAUCUUAUGCCUGUUCCUGGCGUAUUCGAAGAAGAAAUGCUUGACUAUCUCAGCGAUCUUAGUAGGCGACAGGAACGAGCCCCACUCGUGUACGAGCUUAGUGAACAUGCUGUACGGGCCGCACUUGUCGACCUUGCGCAAUCUUCCGAAGACAGAAAGUUCAUCGUAGGUCAUGCCCAUGUCGGCCUCGUCAGCCUGAACAUAGGUCUCGGUAAUGGGUUCUAGCUCGGCUGUAGGUACGGCUGUCAAGAAGUCAUGCAGGACCGGUAGAUUGAACGCUCGUUCUGCGUAGGCGAUAAAUCUCUUCAAGUCCGUCUUACUGAUAGCGCCAAUGGGAUUGAUAUCGGCUGACGAGCAGUCGUACUUGGUGAGGUAGCCACGUAGACUUUCAUCGACAUUGGCGCUGCCAAGCACGAGAAGACCGCCGUUGCGACCCCGAACCCAUGGCAGAAGUUGAGCGAACAAGUAUGCAACGACCAUACGCAAUCUUGCUUGUAUGUUUUGCAGAGCGAGAUUCUCUGCAGAAGAGCCUCCGUGAACACGGAAGCGUGGCUUGAUUCCAGUGACCAUCGCGAACAAGUUCCGUACCGCAGUGACUACAGUGUCCAUGUUGAGGUCGGUAUGAUAGCUGCCGAUAGCUUCAGCUAGUGCCUUGGCUCUCCCACGAGUCUCAGCGCUGGAGUUCUCAGUGCCCAUAUAGCACGUGUGAAAGAUACGGUUACAAUAUUCUUGUGCAUCUUGAGGGACAUAAUCGGAAUCUUCUGGCAAGCCAGCGAUGCGACGCGCAUCUGAGAUGACUUGCUGGUCUCUUCUUUGAGCAGCUUCUGCGACUAAACGACACAUGGAGUACACGAUGACGGCUGUUGCGCAGCUAUCAAUGCCUCCACUCAAAGGAACAAAGUAACCUUGGGUCCGCGAGCGACGAAGGUAGUCCCACAGCCAACAUGCAGGGCCUAGAGCGAUCUCUUCCUCAGGUUUAUGGUAGCGUGGCUCAUACAUGUGCAGAACGAUAUCGUCCAGGUCUCUAACGCUGUCAAACUUUCCACCAGACAGAGCGAAGUCGACCUCGAUGCGCUCAUAUCGCUCUGCACUUGCGGCCUGCAUGCUCCGGCUGCUGAUUGCUCUGUGAGAGCGGACAUCUUCUAGGUCGACGGUGGCGGUAACAACCUCGACAUCGUUGAGAGAGAAUUGGGAUCCCUGAGCCACAAUCCUGCCGUUCACCGCAAUCAUCGCACAGCCGUCAUAAUAAAGCCGGUCUCCAUCGCAUCCUUGUUGAUUAGCGUACAGGUAAAUUCCACCGAGCUUGAGUGUCGCCUCUUUGAUCAGCUCUACUCUAGUGUAUAAUUUGCGCAGCUCAUGAUGGCUCCCGCUCGAGUUAGUGAAGAUCUCAACGCCAUCGAGACCCAUGAGGAUGUGUGGGCUUGAAGGAGUAAAAAGCUCUUCACAUAACUCGACGCCAAUGCAGGUGUCUGAAGUGCUCACGACUGCAUCUCCAAACGGAACUUUCGUCUGUCCUGUAACGUGGCCAAUGAUACGGGGAAGGUAGUGGUCCUCAACUUGGCGAUGCUUCAUCCAUGGCGUGAAGUAGCGCAGUUCCCUGUAGUUUCCGUUGUUUGCUAGCCACAUUUUAGGUCGGAUGUGAAUGAUCUUGCGGUUAUAGACGAUCACGCGACAAUUGUAUAUGACAUUCUUAUGCACAACAGGCAUGCCAAUGUCGCAGAGUAUGCCUUCCGCUUCUGGAGCUGCCAGAAUCUUCGCCAACACUUCCCAGGAGUGUAGUACAGUAUCGCCCUCGAGAAAGUGGUCCAGGCACCCAUAUCCGGUGAUCUCAAGCUCUGGGCCUACUCUCAUCGUCGCACCGCGUUCUUUGGCGAUUCGUAUGCUUUGCAUGAUACGUUCGAAGUUCCCCUCGAAGUCCAGAGCCCAUUGAUUCAGUGAGCUGUGUUGCGACGGUUAUGAGAUGACCCAUGCUUGCGAGUCA